GAUCAUUCUAAAUUUUCAUUGUUUUUGGAAAAUAAAAGUUUUGGGUUUUUGGGGCCAAAUUUAGAAUAUCAUAAUGCAAGGCUUAUUGUCACAGCAACACACCUACUGGCCUUGAAGGUUGGUAAGAGCAGAAAACCUCCCACUUCACUAAUUAUCUGGACUGACCUCAGAGAGGACGGCUGAGUCUUUCACUGGAGUUGAACUGGCUGCUGCUGCUGAUGCUUCCACCUUCCACAGAGCUCUGUCAUACAUCCUCGUAAAAUGAAAAAGCAAGUGACAUUUUCAGAAAGUCAGACGGUCCACAGGUUACACCAGGAUAAGGCUAUUCAAAGGAGUUUUGGGAUGAGUGAGCCAAAGACAGAUGUAACGUCCAUACACAUUCCUAAAACCAUGACGUCAGCCCCGUUUCUGAAGCAUUCAGCACUAACACCAGCCCAGAAGGAGUAUCUGUACAGUAUAGCAGCUUCCUACAGUGCAGCACAUGUGCGUAACCUAAUAAACCAGCACUACAUGAACGUCCUGCACAGGUGUAUACGAGCAGGCAACAACCCUGACAGAGAAGACCUCGUUGGGUCUCCCUCUGUGAACUUAUCAGGGUCUGAUAAACAGCGGUCUGGAGCUCUGUCUCAGGCAAAACCCAAAGAGAAGACAAACACUGGUGCAAAGAAUCCUGGAGAAUCCCCAGUGAUCCCAAGCAGACAGUCCAGACUCUCUAACACAUUAGCAUCAAAACAAACAAAGAUGGAGAGAAAAACAACAUCAUCCACUCUGAGAGGUUUCAGUCCAAAGAGCAAAGAGAGGCAGGAUCACGCUGUUGCAGGAGGAGAGAGAGGGAAAAGCACAGGACGACUCUGAGUGAAUGCUAGAAGGGUAAAAUGAGAUGAAGACACUUUCUCAGGGAUCACCAAAACUGACACUACUUGAAAGUUCCUCACAGGAGCUGUAAGAGAAUGGCUAAGUUGUUUCAGAUACCUUGUGUCUAGGACUGCAGCCUUGUGUCCCAUAAACAUAAACUCUGAAAAGCUUUGUAAUUCAAACAUUGAUGUUUGUUUUUUGUUUUUUAAAUGUGGAAUUAACAUUUGAAUUGUACAUUUUCAGAUUGCAAAUGUCGUAACUAGUAACAGAAAUUAUAAACUUUCUCUUUCCAUCAAUCCUUUAAUACUAUACCUCUUUGUAUAAGUGCAUUUAUGCUGUAUUGAUGUAUUGUAUUGAAUAAACUACAAAAUAAAUAUCUGACUCCAUGAA